CAUGUUUCGGGUCGGCUUCGGGUGUGGAACAGUGUUCGACCCGGAACACAUUAACAAAGAACAAACACAAACGGACGUAGACGUGUUUACGAAAACCCCUCCCCUUCGGCUUCUUCUCCGAGCUUCUCGUGGAUUCCGCUGCCGUCUCCGAUUGAGAUGCCUCCGCCUCGCCGUCACUGUCCAGGUCUCCAUCUCAUCUCAACGCCGGAACCCUAGCUGCCGGUACCAAUCCCUUCCAGCGGCAAGAUCGCCCGGUUCCUCAAGGCCGGCAAGUACGCCGAGUGCGUCGGCGCCGGGGCCCCGGUCUACCUCUCCGCCGUCCUCGAGUACCUCGCCGCCGAGGCUUUGCCGAAUCAGCAGAUGUUCAAUCACCCGGGCUUCAAGCUUGUCAUCGUUGGCGAUAAGGGCACGGGAACAACAAAUGGUGAUGCCAGGCCAUUGUGAGUCAAACUUACAAAAAGAGCUCAAUCGCUACAUUCCCACUGCUGCAGCAUUUGGAGGCAUGUGCAUCGGCGCACUGACUGUUUUGGCAGAUUUCAUGGGGGCAAUAGGCUCAGGGACCGGGAUUCUUCUCGCCGUCACCAUCAUUUAUCAGUACUUUGAGACCUUUGAGAAAGAAAAAGCAAGUGAACAAUGUGGAUUAGCAUGAAGCAGCUUCAUCACUGCAGUAUUAGGUUGGUAUGUUUCUUUGGAGUAUCUAGAGUGGAGCACGAGUAGUGGCUCGCUAGUCCUGUGUAGCUGGUCUUUCAUGAACUUAAGUUGAAUUCUGCAAUUCAGCACUUCAUUAAUGUGGCCAGUCGGGUAGGUAUUACUGGAAUGAUACUUACUAUUGCAAAAUGUAAUUGUCUCUUCAUAAAUCAUGAGAAUCAAAAAGGAAUUUGUGGUGGUCUUAUGGGUGAGUUUGAUAAAAAAACUCAGUUUUCUUUUGGAUAUGGAACCUGCCCAACAGGUUGAAGUGCCAAAGCUUUAGGUUUCUUGGGAUUUUUCUUCGCCACUCUUUGUUCUUCUACUUGGUGCUCUGUUAUUGAGUUUUUAUCACUUAAAAAGACUUAGAUUGAUCACUCGCAAGAUGGAUGUUAAAAUCAGGUUCUUGUAAUAACAUGUUCCCAUUAAAAAAAAAAAAAGAAAAGAAAAAAAGCAAGAAACCCAUCAACCCGACCCAACC